AUGAACCCUAUAUGUAAGCGGAACAUUCAACCCCAAAUCCAUCAUAUGUCUCACAAAAGAAUAUUUCUCAUGCAGUUUCCCCGUCACCAAAACCCCAAACUGAACAACCAAACACGACGUCUCCCUCUCUACUACUUCCGCCGCCUGCGCAUCCUCCAUCGCUGA